ACUCUCUAGAAACACUUAUCCUCGAUUUCACUUAAACAAUCAAUUCCUCCCAUUAAUUAAGCAAUGGCAUCUAAAGCCAUUGAAACCUACAGAUCAGGUGCAGAGAUCUUCCAUGGAGACGCAGAAUGCAAGAAGAAGAUCAUCGGAUUGCUCGAAGAGCUCUCCCUUCCAAAGGGCUUGUUCCCUAUGGAAGAUAUAGAGGAGUUUGGCUAUAAUCGUGCAGCUGGAUUCGUAUGGAUAACUCAGAAGAAGAGUAAGAACCACACUUUCAAGAAGAUCAAGCGCCAGGUUUCUUAUGCAACUGAGGUGACCACGUUUGUUGAACCUCACAAGAUGAAGAAGAUGGCCGGAGUCAAGACUAAGGAGCUUCUGUUGUGGCUCUCUGUUGUUGAGAUGUAUUUUGAGACUCCUUCAUCAGAAAAGCUCACCUUUAAGACUGGCACUGGACUGUCUGAUAGCUUUGAGGCAUCUGCAUUUGAACUUGAGAAAUGAGAAAAUUUGAGAAGAGUGUAUAUUUGUUUGAUGAGUGUACCUCGUUUGGAGUGACAAAUCAUGUUAAGUUUGACAAAUAAUGUUUUGAGUUUCUUCAACAUGCCCCUCUCCUAAUUUUUUACCUAAGUUAAUCUU